GAUUGACUCAACAUUUAGUUACAGACUACAAGCAAGUUGUAGAACUUCUAGAAGAAGGAAUAGCUAAAAGAAUCACAGCAGCUACACAUAUUCACAAUGCUAGCAGCAGAUCCCAUGCUAUCUUCACCAUCCACUACACUCAGGCUAUAUUGGAGAACAAUCUCCCCUCUGAAAUUGCAAGCAAGAUCAAUUUAGUGGACCUUGCAGGCAGUGAAAGAGCUGAUCCCAGUUACUGUAAAGAUCGUAUUACUGAAGGUGCCAAUAUUAACAAGUCAUUAGUUACACUUGGAAUUGUCAUCUCCACUUUAGCACAAAAUUCACAGAUGUUCAGCAGCUGCCAGAGCAUAAACACCAUAACAAGUGAAGGGGACAGCAGUCAUGCAGACAGUCCUUCCACAAGCAGCGUCAGUGGGACCAGGCGACCGGCUUACAUCCCGUACCGUGACUCCAUCCUCACCUGGCUUCUGAAGGACAGCCUGGGAGGCAACUCCAAGACCAUUAUGGUUGCCACUAUCUCUCCUGCCAGCUCCAGCUACAACGAGACCAUGAAUACCUUGAGAUAUGCUUCAAAUGCCAAAAAUAUUAUUAACAAGCCCAGAGUGAAUGAGGAUGCAAAUGUAAAACUGAUCAGAGAACUACGAGAAGAAAUUGAUAGGUUGAAAACUAUGCUGAUGAGCUUUGAACUGAGGAAUUCCAGUCCUUCUUGGAGUGAUGACAGGGAUGGAAAUCUGACUGAGCUGGUUCUUCAGAAUGAAAUGAAGAUUGAGCAAUUGACCAAAGACUGGACAAGCAAGUGGACAGACAUGAAAGCCAUCAUGGAAGAAUACAGUGUGGAUAUCAACAAAAAAAAAGCUGGAGUAACAAUAGAUUCUAGUUUACCUCAUCUAAUGGCCAUGGAUGAUGAUAUCCUCAGCACAGGAGUGGUGCUGUAUCAUCUCAGGGAAGGAACAACCAAAAUUGGAAGAAGUGAUUCAGACCAAGAUCAAGACAUUGUUUUGCAGGGACGGUGGAUUGAAAGGGAUCAUUGUAUGAUAGACAACAACUGUGGGAUUGUGACACUGCGACCAGUUCAGGGUGCACACUGCACUGUGAAUGGAUGUGAAGUCAGUGGAUCGUGUCGUCUGUCACAAGGGGCCCUUGUUGUCCUUGGCAAGUCUCAUAAGUUUAGAUUCAAUCACCCAGCAGAAGCUGCUAUCUUAAGACAAAGAAGAUCAGUUAGUGAAACUCCACCUAUACUGAGUUGUGGGGCUUUGGACUGGCUCAACUUGGAUGGAAGCUGCACCCAUUGUCCUCCCUAUAUCCUUUCUUCUCUUGACAAAGAAAUAGAUGCUGUGCAUGAAGAAUACAAGAAGAAAUUGAGAGACCAGGAAGCUUUCCACAGAAAACAAAUUCAACGGCAGCAGCUCUAUGUUGAGGAUUUAAAGCAGCAGAUCCUGAGAGGACAGAUCAAAGCAGAGCGGGAACUAGAAAAUGACCAAGCACUAAUCAACCAGCAGAUCCAAGAAAACCAGCAGUGGCUUAUAGAUGAGAAUAAACGACUGGCUGCCCUUCAGCAACAGCAGAGGGAGUUUGCAGUGCAAACGGAGACUAAGCUGUAUGCAGAGGCUGAAGUGCAGAGCACCAUUGGGCUGGAAAUCUGCCCUUCCCUGCUACAGCAGAACAAGAAGAGACUGGUGCAGCUGGAGCUUUUGCGAAGAUACUCCUUGAAAAAGGCAGAAAGAAAUAUAAGACGAAAAAAGGUAAAAUUCCAGCUGGAAAGGAUAGUCAAGAAGCAGAAGUUAUUGGAAGCCAAGCAAAACCUAGAGCAGCUGGAAGCUAGCUGCUGGCUCAAUGAAGAGUGUGUGAAACAAUCCCAAGUCCUAAAUGAAAAUACUGUUGUACAGUCCUCUUUGGUUCACCAGUUGCAAAGGAGAAGGAAGUCGUUGGGUUCAAAUUCCCUGCAGCAGGGGAAGCAUUUGUUCUGUAACUCACGUCUGCCCCAGGCACCCAGCUGUUUGUUGAAGAGGGAGACUGUCUCAACAUUAUCUACCUCACCAAAUACUGAUCAAAGCUGUGAAGGCAAUACAACAGGGAGGUUGUCAUCUGUAGAAUAUCUUUACAGAAGAGGUAAAGACAUUUCUGACAGCAAUGACCUUAAUGAUGAAAAAGAGAUCUCCUUUUCAGUGCAGAGGCAGCUAACUGAAAAACAAAAAGCAUCUUCAUUUGCAAAUAAAAAAGGAGCAGACAAAGACUCUAAUGAUUCAGCUAUCAUGGCUUCUAUCAAUAGAAAUUAUCAAAAAAUUGAAAAGGUGGAUGACAAUCCAGGGCAAACUGGAUCUCAAAACCAGACCUCUAAAGGCUUCUCUCCUGAUCUUUUUAAGGAGAAAAAUGAGCCUGAAACCUUUAUUGCAGGGACAAGAAUGACAAAAGCAAAGGUGCUAGGAGACUUAAGUCAGGCUGCAAGUAGCAAUCUAGAACAAAACAGAGCUCAGGUAUCCAAUAAAAAGACUAGAAUGGAUAUCGAUGGAAACGGCCACAGACCUUCUUCAGAAAACUUUCCUACAGAAAUUAAGAAAACAGUGUAUCGAAACCCACCUACAGUGCAUCUAAACCAAACAGCCAAGAACUGGAAGAGGGAGCCAAACUCAGCCUUGCCAAGUCAUGAGAAAGCAUCAGUGGAACAGCAAGAAUUUUUGAUGGUGGCAACAUCAGUAGGAAAUCUCACUAAGAUGAACGCACAGGCACCGCUCUUCUAUGCUGAAAAGAAGUGGCACAGUGCUGAGAUGCUAAGUGCUGGAGCAUCCAAAACAGCCACAGAGGUGCUGGGCAACUGGCAAGAGGAUGAUGAAAAUGAGAUUUCUGAUACUGACAGUUCCUAUUCUGUGGAUUCUCUCUCCUGCGCGUAUGCAAAAGCUUUCACGGAAAAACCGAAACAAGAUUUUGACAGAAAUAAAUGUCUCGCCAACCCAGAAGAUUCUGAGAGCGAUGACAGUCAAAUGUCACAAGACUCUCUGGUAGAAAAGGAAAAUAAAGCCAAAAAGGAAAAUACAAGUCGAUUUCACAAGUUAAAGGCCCACCAUGAGCCAGCUAAACUUUCCAAAAGCAGGACCGAUCACCAUAUUUCAUCUUUGGUGACAUCAUACACGUCUAGUAGGAGACUGGGAAAGCCUGAAAGAAGCUUUUCUCUGGACAGCUUAGCUGAUGGAGAAGAGAUGCCGGCAGAAGAUCCAGUAGAAGAAUCCAAAUCUGAUUCAUCUGAUGAAGUUCCAGCAGAGAUUUUUUGGAAGUUACAAACUCCCAGAUCACCAGCUAUUCAGACUGAGGAAGACCAUGAGUCCAAGACCUGCAACAGAGAUACAGAAGGGGCAAGUUAUGAUCUGAAGCUGAGCAGUUCCUUUUACUUGGACACUAAACCGCAGCCUGCUUCCAGUAGUGCUUGCAAGCAGUUGCUGAAUGGGAUAAAAGUCCCCUUUGUAGAACAAGAAAGGUCUCUUGAUAGAAGACCUUAUUAUGCAAGUAGAAAUCCUUUGCUUACUACUGAUGCUUGGUGUUCCUGUGACUCAAAGGUUGACAUCAGCAGCCCCAGAACAGCACCUUCUUCCCAUGAACAUUUGGAGUUUCAAGAAGCUCAUCUCUGCUCUUUGAGCAAACCAGAGCUUUGGCUGAAAAAAGAAGAUCUAAAGCAGUCAGCUGCUGAAGUUUCUUUCAUUUCUGGCUCUAAGCAGAUACACAGCGUUACUCAUUUAUCAUGUCGUAUAAAUGAAAUAAACACAGUUUUUUCCUCUGAUGUGUCAGAAAUACCUUUACCUGAAACAACAACAACUGCAAGCAAAGUUUCUGAGAGCAAAUCGUUAAAUAAGAUUCUUAAGGGAUGGACAAACUCUAAUGCAAAUUCUUCCUUGGAAUCUCAAGAUGUAAUGUCCUCAUUUGUUAGCUCAGUAGGACCAAGCUCCUCUUCUGUUCCUGUUUCAGCAAAGCAUGAUUAUUAUGAACAUUCGAGGUCAAAUUAUCCUGAACAAGAACAACUGAAUGAAUUAUCUACUUACAGGUCUGCCACUGAAUGCACACAAACAUUCAGCUGUUUGGAAAGUGCCUCCACUGCAGACUGCUUGCCACUGGUAUCUAGGAAAGAGGAGGAUUCUUUUCCCACAGCUCAUCCAGAGCUGCCAAAAGACCACAGUCUGAAAAAAACACCCUUUGUUUCUGUGUUGCCUGUGCAAAUUUCAGAGCAGAGAAAUGGCUUUAUCAAUGCACAUCUAGAAGAUGAUUUCUUCAGAACUUCUGAAAAAGAUGACCUCGAUGAUGACUACAGUAACUUGAUGGCAAAACCAAGCGUGACAGGCUCAGGCAGAAGGGCAUCUGUCAAUGCACCUUCUACAGGCCUGGCUCACAAUGUGAUCUCAACACAGGCAUCUGCAGUAAAACAAGUCCAAUUUGGAAGCCAUGGGCAGCUUUUUCCAAGAAGGGAAAUACCAACAUGUGGUGAAGGUUUCUUUCUCAGUGACUUAACAAAGAAGAACUGCUCUCUGGUAAGCAGUUACAAGCUUCAGCCAUUGGCUGGACAUGGAGCAGAAUCAGCCGUUACCGUAGGUCUCCUCAGAUCUGGGGGGAGUAAUUUGGAAACAAUGCAAGAAAUGAAUUAUGAACAGGUAUCUGCAGAAGAAGUAACAACAGAGGCAGAUUUUUCCUCACAGAAAAAAACAUAUCAAUGUAACCCUUUAGUUGUUGCUCACAGUGCAAGUUACAACCAGUCUGCAACACCAGUAGAGAUGGCUCAGAAAGAGAUUAUCUGUAUGGAGACAAGCACAGACAGCUUGGGAGAGAUUGCAGAAGAUGUGCCUUCAUUCAGAGAUAAUGAAGAAUACGAACCAAAGGACGAAGACUUGUCUUCACUGAAUUGUUAUGAAUUUAAAAGCAAAUCUGUUUCAAAUACUUAUUCCCAGGAAUGUGCUUUAGAAGACAGUCAGGCACGUUGUUUAUCCCAACAAGUUUCAGAAAAUUCUACAUUAUGCAUUGAUGGUGUAAGAGAAGAAAGCAGUGAAAGCAAAGAACACAACAUCCUGAAUUCUCAGGCUGUAACUCGGAACGAAUUUUCAUCUGAGUAUGAAAACUUAGUGGUAAAUGAAGCAAGUUAUCUCAUAGUGAAUGUAAAUGGGAAAGACACAGAGUCCUUCCCUGCUGCUCUUUGUGGGAGUACAAAUGAGUUUCUCCUGGAAUCCAACUCAAGCAUCACUUAUAAAGCUUCAACAAAAGCUAAUCUUUUCCAAAGUGCAUCUGAGACUGAAAAUUAUGAUAAACUAUUGGAGCAUGUCACCAUAGCGACAGGAGAUUGUGAUGCUAAAUCUAAUCUUACUGUGGAAGUCAGUGCCACAGGAAGUGGUUCUGAGGCACAUUGUGGCUGCUUUUGCACAACAUGCUCUUCAAAAUCAACAGAGCAAAAAAUCAGUACACAUGGGAUGACCGACAUUUCCAUUCUCUUGGAAACAGAAACACAGAGCAAAUCUUUACUUGAAUCAAGAGAAGAGAAAGAAGCCUUUUUAGAAAGUGAUUGCCCAGAGGACAUAUUGCUUCUUGAGGAUGAUGUAAACCCAGAGCCAGAAAGAGUAUUUGAAUACAGCACAAAUACAUCAGCUACUGUUUCUCAAGAGGAGAGACUGUAUGAAAAUAAAGAACCCAGGUUUUUAAGAAACCCAGAAACGAAUCCAGAAGAUACUGUGGUUCCUUAUCAGAAUACAAAAGCAGACUCUGAUGAAGAAAGAGCAAAACUAACCACUAGUGCAAUCAACUUAGAAAAAAAUGCAUUGCAAACUAAAUCCAGGCAGAUUGAAAGUUUACCUGACUUCCAGGUCCAAAGUGUAACUGAAGACAGGAGUGGAGAGGAUUUUAAAGACAUGAGUUUGUCUCAGAAUCCAAAGAAACCUCUUGAUACUGAAGCUUGUGAGGUUCAGUGUGAGUUUUAUACCAAUCUGUGCCUGACACAUGAAGAGGUGGAGAAAGAUGAACUGCAGGUAGCCAGCACCAGGAUAGACUGCACUCAGGAAUCAAAAGCACUCGUGCAUUCUGGCAGCCACCGCGAAACAACCAGCUUUUGCCAAAAAGAAAAAAGUGAGAAAAUAGAAAUAGGUAUUUAUUCACCAGAGUUUUCUGUUGCUCCCAAACACCCUCCUUCAGCUUUGUGUUCCCACACAACAGAUACUACUCAGAAUACUUCAGGCGUCUUUGAUACUUGUGAGGGGCUUUUACAGAUGGACAGAACAAUAGAGAAUAUGUUUAAUACAGAGGACGUAGCUGCAACAGUACUGGUCACAAAACCUGAAAAUGAAGGACAAGUGAAUUCUAGCAAUUUAAUAGAGCAUUCUGUACCAAAGUGUUUGCCCCAGGAAGACAAGGUUAAUGAAUGUGAAGUGACUGGGAGUGAAGAACAAAUCAUCAUAACAAACACUGAGGAGCCGAUUAUUAUGAGGCACGAAGUCAUGAUCACAGAUGAAACUGUUUUAUUUACUGAAGCGUCUCCAGCUUUACAUCAGAUAUCUUGUGACAGAGAUGAUAAAGAGGAAAUUUUAAAUCAAUUCAAGAUCCCUGAAAGAUAUCUAACAGCUUCAGGUCUAGAACAGGACACACUGUUAGAAGAUGAUUCAAGAUACCAUGAUCUUACUGAAAUGAGUGAAGAUGGUGGCUCAGUGGACUCUGUAACAGGUACAAGAAAUGCAGUCAUAAAAGAUAUUGAUGCAUAUGAAUAUUCAGUAGAUGACAGUACUGGUAUUGACGAAGACUUUAAAAGUCUCCACGCUAAAGAGGGCAGGGAUACAUAUAUGAGUUGCUCUAUGCGAUGUCCUGAGCAUGGUGCUUCAGAAAACUUGAAUGUAAGCAUCGCUAGAGAAAGGUCUGAUAGUUUUGAGUUGGAUCCAUUAGGCUCCAGAGUCAUGGAGGAGAAAGUGCAUUUGAUGAAUCUAGCACAAAUGGCCAAAGAAAAGCAGAUGUUUGUAGAAAACACAGAGGAAGUAGAAAUGGCUGUUUUACAAAACCUGAACAAACUAUUCCCUGAAAACAAAGACAGCUGCCAAACGACACACGAUGGCAGCAGAUUAAGUGAAAUCUUAAGAGAAAGUCAGUGGGUGUCUACCAGCUUUUCUAGAAAUAAUGAAGAUAUCAGCAAGGAACAAAACCCACCAGCAACACUGAAGUCUAUUGAAAAGAAGCAAGAAGGUUUACUUAAAGACUCCCCAUGCCAGUCUGUAAAUCACCUUUUACACCUUGGAGUAAGUGAUGAUUCCCAUCUUGUUCAAGAUGUUCGCACUGCACUGAAAGGGCAUACAAGGGCAUCUAACAGCAGUGUUGGAACUGGAGCUGUUCUGCCUUACUAUGAAACAUUAAUGAAGAGUGAGGUCUGUGUUGGUAUGCCUGUUGCAGUCAACCAAAUGCGAGAAGACAAGUGUCUUCCUGAUAGAAUGUCAAGUAAGAAUGUAGCUUUUCUGCAAACCAGGACCACACAGGACAGGCAGGAGGAAGAAUCUUUUGUAUUUAACAGUGCAUCUGAUUAUGCCAUAUCUAGGCAACCUGUCAAUGAGAAUAGUUCUUCCACUCCCUACAGUGCAGGUGGUCCUGAGCCCGAAAUGGUUGUACUUCAGCCAGGGGCCAAAGGAAGCCCAUUUUCCUUGGAAAGAUUUGAUUCUUCCGAAGAUAUAAUUCAGGAUGUUAACAUUAGUCAUGAAGAACUGAGUGUGGAUUUAAUGGUUAAUAAACUCUCAAAAGACUACCUUAAUUGCAUAGAAGAUACUGCUCAAGAAGAAAAGGGUACCACUGUGCCUGAUUCGCUACUCUUGGAUAAUUCAAACCUGCUUUCUUCUUCAGAGAAAGAAGUGAUGGAAGAUAUAGAAGAGGGAAAGACACAUUUUUUACUAGAAAUCUCUAUGCAAAAAACGUAUCACAACACUAAUCCAACUCAGAAGGUACUUGAGUCAGAGGGUUUGUCGCAGCAUGAUGAGAAGGAGAAAUUUUUAAGCACAAGCUAUACUACAAUAAACAGUAAAAAUGAAAAUACAAAGUUUCCUGGUGUAACUGGGUACCAGCGCGACCCCAGAGAAACUCACGGAUGUGGGAUUUCUGAAGAGUUCUGCAUAGACCAACGAGGCAGCUCUGAUUCUGAGAACACUUCAACACUUUCAGAAGGUUUGAACAAUUAUAAUAAGAACUCAAGCACUUCUGAAUGUUCUCCUGGUCUCCUAAAUCAUCCAGCAUCAUCUGCAGAUGCUCUGAUCACCAGCAGUGAAGACAAAGGUAAAAACAACGUUGUUCUCUCUGAAGAAACAAAAUACUUCGAAAGUGAAUCCACUGAUUUAAGUGUGUCUGUAACUUUUCCAGACGCUUCUCAAAAAGGAGAUGAAAGGAAAAAUAGUUCUGCAGUUGCAGAGGCCACAGACAGUCAGAAUAAUAAACUGCCUGAAAAAGUUGCAGGAACGGAUCAAAAGGAGAAAACAAUUCAAGGUUCUUUCCAGAAUUGCACUGACAUAAAAGAAAAUGAAAUUCCCGGGUACUCGGAACGCUACAGUAACCCUUCUCAUGUGACUGUGCUGGAAUCAGGCUCACUUACUUUUCAGAGCCAAGGACAGACUGGCAGUAAAGAAUCAAAGUCUUUUCCAUCCUGCUUUGCAGAAGAUACUCCAGCCGAAACACCUUUUCAAAGCUCCAAGAACUUCAGUGCUUUUGAUACAUCUUGUUUACUUGAUGACUCAAAAUCUCUAAUAUUUAGUCAGCUUGAGGACUCCCUUCAAGACGCCUUUUUGACUGAGGAAGUGUCCUCCAGUUGUGCAAAUGUGUGCUCCAUAAAAGAAGAUUUUCCUCAAGCAUUUACAAGUGCCAAUCACCUAUUCCUAACACCACUUUCAGAAUCUUCUUUGACUGCAGAUAGAGGCCCUGGUGAAACUGGCACAUAUGAUAUUUCACAUACAAGUGUAUUGAAACGUUCUCCAUUUGCUGUUUUGCAAAUCCAAGACACUCAGUCUGAUAAGGCUGUGGUAUUUGAUGAGCCAAUACGUGCUUCAGGAAGUAUUUUACUUUCUCUUGCAAAAGAAAACAGGCAUUGUCCAGUAUCAGACACAGACUCUACUUCAUAUAAACUUUCUGCUGUAGAUGGGGAACCUGUUUAUGGAAGUAAUCAUAAAAAAUUUGACAGUGAUAUAAAAGUUGAUCAGCACCACUGGGGUAAAGUUCCACCACAAGAAGCUUGCACAGGACACAUAGAGAAAGUACUAAAUGAUAAUUCUCUUUUAUUACCAUCAUUACCUUUGGGGCGUACGGGAAGGGCAAUUCUUGUUAAAGAGGGACAAAUGAGAAAAACACUUCACAGAAAUGAGGCAGAAUUGCACUCAAAUACUGAGGCUGAACAUUUUGCAGUAAAGACAGAGCAGAGAAAAACACCAUGUAGAGAACCUGUUGAAAUACAAACUAAUGUAUCCUCAAAUUCUGCAAAUGAAUUAGUAAAUUCGGAAGUUGCAGUGUUGGAAAAUCUGUAUCCAGGAGAUGUUGAUAUGGAUCCUGAAUACACCAAUUCAUUUAGUCCAACAUACCCCACAUACAGCAGGAGCACUGAUCCCAGACGACUCCAUCACGCUAUCUUGGGUUUUGAAAAAAACCCUGCAGAUCUGCAACAUAAUUGUCAGUAUGUGCCUACAGGUGAACAGAUGGAACAGGUGCUGGGUAGAACAAAUACAGAGGAUAGAAAAGAGAUUUUACUCUGCCAAAAUAAUACAGGUUCAGGUGCUGAUGGCCCUGCUGCUGAUGCAGGCAAUUGUUCAGCAAUGGGAGAUGAUAUAAUGAGGAAUAAGACUCUGAAAUCAGAAAGACUGAAGUUUUCUGUAAUGAAUAAUGACAGUACCUCUGUGAAGUUUUUACCAGAAACCCAUGAUUUGCCUCCUCAAGAAUCCAAAUCUGUGCAAUUAAGAGGCAAACGAUCAUAUUCUACCACACGGAAUACAAAGACCUGUAAACAAAAUGGACAGAGACCUUACUUACAAAGUCACAGACUAUCAGCCCCAGCUAUUGCUGUCUUCUCUGAUACAGAAUAUACUUUGGAAGCUUCAUCUAAGGCAGAUCCCUUAUUGUAUUCUGUAUCUAAAUCACUACAAGAUUUAAACAUGAGUGUCGAGCCUCCAUCACCAACUGAAGAUGAUCUUCGUGGACUUGAAAGAUUUUCAAAGCAGGAAUCAAAGAACUUUCUACAGGUUAAAUCUAAAACCAGAUUUCAGCAAAGAAUGGCACAAACUAAAAAGCUUGCAAACUGUGAUCCCAAAAAUUUACAGAGCUUUGCAGCAAGAACUCACAGCAGCCAGUCUCUAAAAGACCCUACUACUCGAUCUCCAUCAUCGUUACUGCGUACAGCUCACAGUUCUGUGGGUGCAGAAGCAAAUAUCCAUUCAAAGAGUAGUUCUGUAGCUCAGUGUAGUGAAGGGAAAGUUGAAGAAGCUGGAUACCAGCCAGAAACAAAUUUAUUUUUGCAAGACAAUAAGGACUCAAUGCAUUUUAGUUCAAGUGAUAUCAACCCAUAUAUUCACCCAUGGCAACAAGAUGGAUCAUGCAAGAUUGGCUGGAAACAGUAUAUUUUUGGCAGUGCAAGUGAUGUCUCUUGCAAUCAACUUCCUUUAAACCUGGAAAAUCGUAAAGUUAUGAGAUGCUCCAGUGUAGACAAUGGAUUGAAUUCUCAAAAUUCUCCUUUUCACUCUCAUCUCAGUUCAUACGCUACAGCAAAAGUUUUAUCGAGCACUUUAAGCAGCAUUGAAGGUCUUCAAGGAUGGGACAAUGUCAGACAAAACCUUCAGUCUGCUUACUCAAGUGACAGCACCAAGCAGUACAGCAAUGUAUCCAGUGAAACAUUGGAAACUAAUCCAGAAAAUAACACUGCUGAACUUGAGAAUCCUUCUGCACAACCUGGGAACUCUUCAGUGCAGGUUGAUGAAAUUGUACUAUUAUAUCCUUCUGAGUCUGAAAGGCCUUCCAAAAAACUACCAGGGACUACAUGUGAGCAGGGAACUCAAACAGCAGCUCCAGGAAGGUAUAAAAGGCAGAGAAGACACCAGAGAAGCUAUACGGAUGUUUCUGCAAGAAAGCAGGAAACAAACAGAGAUUUAGUUCAUCAACCUUCUUCUUGGACAAGCAUGCAGAACCUGUCCAUGCAUCUGUCGCAGCUGCUUCAGAACACUUCUGAGCUGUUGGGAAACCUCUCCCAACAGAGUAUUGUAGAUAAUGAGCAGAAUGCCAGAAUCAACCAAAGAGGAACUGAAGAGACUGUAAAGGCUACUAGAUCAGAUAGCUGCACUCAGACUACAGCAGACGUAGGCACUCAGACAGAGAUUCUGGAAGAACCUCAAAGCAAACAUCAAGAAAAACAAAUGGAGGAAAAAGCAGAAAACGAAUUGAGGGUGGCUCAGGCAGUAAAUGUUGAUUGGAAAGAAAUAGGUACGGUCACAGUAGGUAAGAUUCUCCAAAGGAAAGAGGAAACACUGUCCUUUGAAGAAAGAACACAAGAACAAACAGAGAUGAGAAGUCUGGGUAAUCCUGACUUCCACGACAGUCUUGACAGCAUUUUGGAAGACUCCUUUAUGCGUCUGCCUCUCUUACCCAGAACCUCCACUCCUAUUGUAGAUUGCAAAAAACCACCAUUGAAUACACAGCAGAAUGUUGCUUUUACUAGUACCAGAGUUUCAUCUGUCACAUCAUCUUCACUGAGUUCAAGGCAAGAUGGUUCUUCAUGCACUGUAGUUAGCAGCCCUACUGAUAGCACUUCUCAAUCUGUAGCAUCUUACCCUCAGGAUAAAAGAAGGGUCAGUGAACUAGAGAUUCCAGCAGAGAGAAAAUUCUAUUACAAAAACACUCUGCUAGUCGACAGGGCCUCUUCCCCUAUUCUUACUCUCAGCGCUAGUCCCAGCAGCCAGACUGCUUCUAGCAAGUCUGUCUGCCCUAUUAAGCAACCUCUUGGAUAUUCCAGUGAUGCUUCAAGUCCUCUUCACAACCAGAGAAAGCAGAGGGCAGGUCCACAGUCCAGCAUGCCACCUCAUGUGGACAACUUUUCACAGACAGAAACAGACAGUGAAUCUAAUGCUUCUAGAGAACAUAAGGGCGUAAGAAAGAAAUCGGGAAGUUUCCCAGAUAAGAAAGCAGCCGACGAGCUUUUAGGACAGCAUGGUUCAGAAGACCUGGGGCAACAGCACAGAGUAAAGGUUGACACCCACACUACCAUUUGUGCAAAACGACUGUAUCACUCUAGCAGUAUGUUGGAGGUGUCGGGCCACAGGGAACUUCUAACAGGUGAUCUCAGAGACCACAGUCCACUGGCACGUUCGCUUCGCUGUAUGUACGUCACGAGGGGAGGAGGAGGUUCUUCAGCUGGAAUUAGGCGCGAAAAGUACGUUGGUAAUCCUGACACUGCUUUAAUUCAUGACUACUCGCCUCCAAAUGCUGAGUUCCUUUUCAAUAAAAGAAUCAGUGCCACUUGUUCAAGUAAGACAAAUGCUGGCACGUCCUCAGAACCUCUCGGAGAAGCAGCAUCUUUACAAUUUCAUGACUUCCUCUGGAAACCUGAACACAGCUGCCCUGCCCCACUGUCUGAUGUGAGCGACGUGCAGACUUCCUUCCAAGAUGACAAUAUGGAUUCUGUCACUGAAAGUGAAUGUGACACUGAGAUUCCUCUCAACAAAAAUACUACUUUUGCAAAGCCUCACAGGCCUCGGAGCUACAGCCUCCGGGACUUACCCAUACACAAUAAAUUCAGCAACUGGUGUGGUGUUAAGGGCAGCCCUCCUUCCUUGCUCAGCUUGAGUGGCAGCAUGGCUGACUUACAAAGUCGGGCAGAAAAGAAACCUAGAAGCACACGAGCAGCAGAAAUGGAAGAGAAAUCCCAGCUUUGUGACAGCAGGAGCAGAGAGAUUGAGAGACUUCAACGAGAGCGUGCUCAGAUCAUGUCUGGCAUUCACCUGGAUCUGCAUCAGCAUCCCCUCACUGUGGAACUGACCGAAGCAAAGCUCAAUUAUGGCAUCGGGGAAACGGACGCCCUGCUGAGGGUCCUUCAGAGCGGGACAGCAGAGGACCUGGUGGCGAUUCCAGUGAAGCAGCAACUCUAUGAAAGACACAUGAGGACCAUUGAAACUCUGAGGAAAGAAAGAGAAAAAAGGCUGCAAAGAUACCAAAGAAGCCGAAGUCUGAGUCCUCAAAAGCAUCUGAGUCUGUUACAGACGCUGGAUGCGAAUCAGAGGGAUCCAGAUCUCCCCAGCAGACGCCGAGAAUAUCUGCAACAACUGAGAAGAGAUGUGGUGGAAAACACCAGAGUUCAAGAACCAAAAAGAAGAAGCAUUCAGCAUCCCUCAGACAUUGAACUAUUGCUCCGAGAUUACCAGAGGGCACGAGAGGAAACCAAAAGUGAAAUUGCACGAGCUAGGGACAAACUUCGCGAGAGAGCUGAGCAAGAAAAGAGGCGUAUACGGGAGCAAAUAUUUUCUCAGUUACAGAAGGAAGAAGCAAGGCUGAAGACUCUUGCAAGUACAAGCACUUUAUGUACAGACUCCAGCCUCAGCCUCUCCUCUGGCCCAACAUCUGGCUACAACAGCAGCAAUACUGCUACGUAUACUGCAAGUAACCUCAGCAGCCAGGAAGGACAGGUUUCCGCUGGGAAUGCUUUGCUUUCAAGAGAUAUACGAGGUCGCUCAGCUGUUAGAAACAGCCAGCUUUAUGUGUUAGAGCAACUACAGAAGGAGUCUACAUUUGAAUCCAGCAGCAUCCAGCCACCCCUUCCUUCUAGCAGCAUCAGCUGUAGGUUCACCCAUGGAUUAACUAUUUCUGUCAGCUCCUCUUCCACAAAAGGAUACCAAGAUUUAUCCAAACAUAUCUUGGCCAAUGCUACCACUGAGGUAAUGGCAGCAUGCUCUCACAACCUGAGGAAUCUCUACACCUGCCAAGCAGCAGCUGGGUGGAAAUAUCAAUGUACAGAAAAAGAGGUACGGGUUUAUUACAAAGUCUUCCCUUCAGCAACAAAGCAUGGGUUCCUGGGAGCAGGAGUGAUAGAAAGACCCCUGCCCUAUGUGUGGGGACUAGUGAGAGAUCCUGGCAAACGGCAUCUGUACGAUAGAACUAUCAACACAGCUCGAAUACACAAGAAGGUAACCAGCCACAUCCAGCUGGUGUAUUUAGUGACUGAUACCUCCCUCUGCUAUCUAAAGCAACCCCGGGAUUUCUGCUGCAUUACUGUAGAAGCCAAAGAGGAGAACUUGUCUGUCUUAGCUGUCCAGUCUGUCUAUGAUGCAUCCAUGCCCCACCCUUGCAAAGAAGUGGUGAGAGGGGAGAUUUUGCCAAGUGCUUGGAUACUGGAGCCUGAUGUGGUGAAUGGAAGAGAUGUCACCAGAGUUAUUUACAUGGCACAGGUGGAUCUCGGUGCCCCGGCUAUCCCUGCAAGGCUCCUGAGUUCCAUCGCCAAGCGCCAGCCCCUGGUGAUCGCUCGCCUGGCACACUUCCUUGCCAGUUAG